AUGAGAAAAUCAUGCUUAGUGCCUUGUUAGUAAAAGAAAGAAAACCUAAAAGUCCCUGCCAUGGAAGGAAGAAAUAGCGGGGAGAAAAGGGAGUUGGUAAGUUUCAGCAUUUCAGAGCUUGGAGGGACAAGUUAGGUUUCUAUUUUAUGGAGAAGGAGGUGGAGGCAGGAUGGGUCCUAAGGUGUCAUUCAAGACACACAGCCAUAACUCUUUAUUGAGAGCAGAGCUAGGGCCCCAGGGAUUGCUGUGGUCAAGUUGCGGACAAAAAUGACCACUCAUUGGAAGACAGGAGAGGAGUAUUUAGUUACAAAAGCAGUCAACAAUUCAGGUGUAUCUAUAUUCAGUCAGCAAAUAAAAGUUGUUCAACUUGGUUGCUAAUGGGACCCACUCUACUGAGGCUUUGUAUAGAACUCAUAGAGGAAGAUGGCUUCAAGUAAUGAACUACCCUGUGCUUUUCUUAGGACUAAAAUCUCAGGAAGCUGGUGAUGAAUGAAAACCUUAGUCCCACUGGCACUGCACGAGGGGCCAGGAGAGCAGCAGCAUCAUAAGCCACAGGCGUCAGCCUCGAGUUUGACCAGCAGCAGGGGUCGGUGUGUCCCUCUGAAUCUGAGAUCUAUGAGGCAGGAGCUGGGGACAGGAUGGCAGGAGCGCCCAUGGCUGCUGCUGUACAGCCUGCUGAGGUGACUGUUGAAGUUGGUGAGGACCUCCACAUGCACCACAUUCGUGACCGGGAGAUGCCUGAAGCUUUGGAGUUUAACCUUUCUGCCAAUCCAGAGUCAAGCACAAUAUUCCAGAGGAACUCUCAAACCGAUGCUUUGGAGUUUAACCCUUCUGCCAAUCCAGAGGCAAGCACAAUAUUCCAGAGGAACUCUCAAACAGAUGUUGUAGAAAUAAGAAGAAGCAACUCUACAAACCAUGUAUCUACCGAGCGUUUCAGUCAACAAUACAGCUCGUGUUCGACAAUAUUCCUUGAUGACAGCACAGCCAGCCAGCAUUAUCUUACAAUGACAAUAAUAUUUGUGACCUUGGAGAUACCUCAUCAUAUCACACAAAGAGACGCAGAUAGAUCUUUGAGGACACUUGAUGAACAGUUACACUCAUUUGCGGUUUCCACCGUGCACAUUACCAAGAAAAGAAAUGGAGGUGGGAGUUUAAAUAACUAUUCCUCCUCCAUUCCAUCGACUCCCAGCACCAGCCAGGAGGACCUUCAGUUCAGUGUUCCUCCCACUGCAAACACACCCACGCCCGUUUGCAAGCGGUCCAUGCGCUGGUCCAACCUGUUUACAUCUGAGAAAGGGAGUGACCCAGACAAAGAGAGGAAAGCCCCGGAGAAUCAUGCUGACACCAUCGGGAGCGGCAGAGCCAUCCCCAUUAAACAGGGCAUGCUCUUAAAGCGAAGUGGGAAAUGGCUGAAGACAUGGAAAAAGAAAUAUGUCACCCUGUGUUCCAAUGGCAUGCUCACCUAUUAUUCAAGCUUAGGUGAUUAUAUGAAGAAUAUUCAUAAAAAAGAGAUUGACCUUCGGACAUCUACCAUCAAAGUCCCGGGAAAGUGGCCAUCCCUAGCCACAUCGGCCUGCGCACCCAUCUCCAGCUCUAAAAGCAAUGGCCUAUCCAAGGACGUGGACACCGGGCUGGGUGACUCCAUAUGCUUCAGCCCCAGUAUCUCCAGCACCACCAGCCCCAAGCUCAACCCGCCCCCUUCUCCUCAUGCCAAUAAAAAGAAACACCUAAAGAAGAAAAGCACCAACAACUUUAUGAUUGUGUCUGCCACUGGCCAAACGUGGCACUUUGAAGCCACGACGUAUGAGGAGCGGGAUGCCUGGGUCCAAGCCAUCCAGAGCCAGAUCCUGGCCAGCCUGCAGUCAUGCGAGAGUAGUAAAAGCAAGUCCCAGCUGACCAGCCAGAGCGAGGCCAUGGCCCUGCAGUCGAUCCAAAACAUGCGUGGGAACUCCCACUGUGUGGACUGUGAGACCCAGAAUCCUAAGUGGGCCAGUUUGAACUUGGGAGUCCUCAUGUGUACUGAAUGCUCAGGAAUCCACCGCAGUCUGGGCACCCGCCUUUCCCGUGUGCGAUCUCUGGACUUGGAUGACUGGCCAGUUGAGCUCAGGAAGGUUAUGUUAUCUAUUGGCAAUGACCUAGCCAACAGCAUCUGGGAAGGGAGCAGCCAGGGGCAGACAAAACCCUCAGUAAAGUCCACGAGGGAAGAGAAGGAACGGUGGAUCCGUUCCAAAUAUGAGGAGAAGCUCUUUCUGGCCCCACUACCCUGCGCUGAGCUGUCCCUGGGCCAGCGCCUGCUGCAAGCCACCACUGAUGAGGACCUGGGGACAGCCAUCCUGCUGCUGGCACAUGGCUCCCGUGAGGAGGUGAACGAGACCUGUGGGGAGGGAGACGGCUGCACGGCGCUCCAUCUGGCCUGCCGCAAGGGGAAUGUGGUCCUGGUGCAGCUCCUGAUCUGGUACGGGGUGGACGUCAUGGCCCGAGAUGCCCACGGGAACACAGCGCUGACCUACGCCCGGCAGGCCUCCAGCCAGGAGUGCAUUAACGUGCUUCUGCAGUACGGCUGCCCCGACGAGUGCGUGUAGUAUCUGUUUUAUUUGACUGCAGUCUUCUUGGUGCAAAAACAAAAUGGGAAAAAUAAGGAUAACUCAGAAUUUCAAAAGGAAAUCACAAAUUCAGCUAAUAAUAGCAUUUUCAGUACUUUUCGUAAACUAAGUAAAUACACAAAAUGUUGAUUUUUCUGACCAUAAGACAUAUUUUGUGUCCUUUUGCCGAGGUGGAUGUGUUAGUCUCAGGCCCUCCUGGCCACAUUGCCCAAGUCACACAGGCUUCUGUAUUAUGUAUUUAGAUAAAAUGUGUGAAAAUAUAUUUGAAAUAAAGUUCAUAAAUAUGCAUUGA